ACUUCCGUGCCGUCUGCUCAGACAGUUGCUGAAAACUCACUGGUUUCCUGUUUUCUCUUCAAACUCCUGCUGAAUUUUUCCGUCGGAACCUCCUGGAGCAGCCAUGGUGUAGUUCUACAGCUGACUGUCAUCAUGUGGAUCCACCUGCAGACACUUGUUCUGGGAACUUCUGCUCAGUCUGUUGUCACACAGUGGUUCCCACACAGAACCCUCCCCGGACAGUGUUUACAUGUCCUGCUCUGCUCUCCUGGAACCUCAGCGGAGGUGACACCAAAGAACUAGGACCAGGUUCCACAUUCCGGGUCCUUUUUUUGUAAUGGGAACGUGGAAACGCAAAAAGGCCGAGCCGAGCCGAGCCGGGCCGGGCCGGUGUCAUGUGCUGUAAACCGGCCUUAAAGUGACAGUUCAUACUUUGUAAAAGCUGCUGCAGCAGGAACAACUACAGCACCAGCAUGUUUGGAACUCUGUGUUUGGUCACUUUGUCUGUUUUGGCGGCAGGACAGACGGAGGACAGAGACAGACACUCCCUGACCUACAUCUACACGGCCCUCUCCAAAGACCCCAAAAUCCCAGGUAUCCAUGAGUUCACGGCCAUGGGGAUUCUGGACUCCAGGGUGAUCCACUACUUCGACAGCACCACACAGGUGAAAACUCCCAGAACAGACUGGAUGAAGGAGUGUCUGGAGCCGAAGUACUGGGAUGAAGGCACACGAUCCCUUAAGGACAAACAGCAGUGGUUCAAAGACUACAUGGACAUCCUGAAGGAACGGAUGAACCAGACCAACAACGACAUGCAUGUUCUCCAGUGGAGACAAGGCUGUGAGGGUGAGGAACAACCUGACGGGUCACUGAAAUACAGCCACGGCUUGGACAUGUACAGCUACGACGGAGACGACUUCCUGUACUUUAACGACUCCCACUCAGUGUGGGUGGCUCCAGUGAAAGCGGCAGAGCAGACCAAGAGGAAGUGGGAUCAGGAGCAGAAAGUCCAUAACUACCCCAAAGGAUACCUGGAGAUAGACUGCAUGGAGUGGCUGAAGAAGUAUUUAACGUACGGGGGGAAGGACCUGAGCACCACCAAAAAACCUGAAGUGUACGUGUUCGCAAAUAAUGCCAAGUCUAAGACAAAUGUGGUUUUGACCUGCAUGGCCACUGGUUUCUACCCACUGGAAAUACAAAUUCACAUCCAAAGGAACAGUCGAAUUCUUACUAAAGAUGACGGCGUGAUGAGCACAGGAACUCGACCGAAUGGAGACAACACCUACCAGAGACGAGACAGCGUGGAGAUUCCACGCAGCGACCUGGCCACUUACUCCUGUCACAUACAUCAACCAACUGGUGUUAAUAUAAUGAAGGUUUGGGAUGGUAAACUUCCUGACCCUGAACCAGACAGUCCUCCUGUACCAGUCGGUGUUAUUGUUGGAUGGGCUUUGGUGUUAGUACUUGUAGUUGUAGUUGUGGGUGUCCUGGUGUUCCUGUACAGACAAGGCGCCUUUGGUGAAGAUCCUGGUCCUGUAGCUGUGAAAGUCGAACCAGCUGAAGAAGUUCCACUGAACCAAAACCAGACCAACGCUGACGGUUCUCAGGGCUCUCUGGACAGGAAGGACUCUGGUGUUCCUUCUACUGAUCCGGCAUCGAGUGGCACGUCGAACAGCGAAUCGGACGAUAGCUUGUUCAGUUUUUACCAGUGCUGCCGAAGGCCCCUUUCAUAUGAAGUGGAUUACAGCGACACCUUCAAGGAGAAUCAGUAGUGUUCUUAAAGGUGCUGGAGACUUUCGUGAUCAAUUUUUCAUCAAAUCUGUCCAUCCUCAGUCAUAUCCUCAGUAUCAUGAACCUGUUCGUCUGUCUGUCAUUCCUCAGCUGAAGC